AUGUUAUGGCAUGAAAUUCGCCUAAAUGUCCUUUUUGGACAUCGCAAUUCCAUUUUAUGUAGACAGCAGUUGUCGUCACUUGAAGAUUUUAAAGAAAAGAAGAAGAAACGUGUCGUUUCUUCCUUAUUUAUUUUAGCAUUUCAUCUCCAAACCAGAAAUGGUUUGCAUUUCUUUACACUAGUUUGUCUUCUUGAGACACCUAUAAAAAAUGGAAAAUCCCCUAUAGAGCUGGCUAGUGCUGCUAGCAAGGAGCCAAAAAAGCGAACAUCCCAAAGAAGUCAGUCCAGCUCUUUACCACAAACUGCUCCUUUGUCUCCCACUGAGGCAUUGACACGGCGACGCACGAGGUCAAGUGAGCGGAAAAUUCAAGAAGCUGAACAGAAUGGCGAUGCAGAUAAUUUGAAAUUUCCAAAUGGUUCUCCAGUUUUGCCGUCCUUUUCUGGGGCUGCUUCGAAGGGGACCUCGGAAUCGAAGCCCGCCAAGUGUAGCUCCCAGGAGUCAAAGAAACAAACCUGUCAAACUCUGAAGCUUUCCAAAGUAAAAGUCGAAUCCCCGGAGAAAGAUGAAACGCUAAAACAAACACCUGCCAAAAAGCUGGUCAAGUCGGAGCAGGUGAGAUCUAUCCCUACACCAGAGAAAGAAAGAACGGUACCAGCAACUAAGAGACGAUCCUCUAGAUCCAGGUCAAAGUCUUCUGAGACUUCUGACUCUUUAAAUCUCUCAGAAAAAUCUAGCCCAAAGGCUGACACCUCUGGGGGUAAAAAAGUGAAGAGGAAGAAAUUGUAUCAGGAAUCUCCGAAAACUCCGACUGUUAAACUUGAUCAGCCACCUAAAAAAAGGGCUCAAAAAUCCUCAAAGCAGGACCGUAUACCAUCAAAAUGUGUCCAAAGGAAAAACACCGAAAAAAAGAAUGAAAACAAUGUUUCAUCUGAAAUGGUAACAACGGCAACUGGUAAAAGUCCUCCAAACCUUCAGUCAUUAACUGGUGAUAAAGAAAGAAUCAGCAACAAUGCUGCCAAUACCAGCCAGAACAAUACUGUAAAAUGUCCGACCUGUAAGGAUCUUAUACCUGAAGAAGGUCUCGGACGACACAUUUUAAUGUGUUUAAAGAAUAAAUACCAGGUUGAUGCCAAAAGUAGACUUCCAGUUUUGUCUGAUCGAGAACAGUUCCGUAAGGAUGAAGCCCUAGCUCGUCAAAUCCAUGAAGACAUGAACAAAGACCUGCAUAGUCAUAAGGACUCGAAAAGCACUGAAGAUCUUACUUUUUGCCAUGUUUGCCAAAAAGAUUUGAGUCAUAUGAACAGCAUGUGGAAGGCAAAGCAUAUCAAUCACUGUUUUGAUAACACUGAUGAAGAGAAUGCUCGUAAAAAGAAAAAAUUAGCUGUUAAUGCUCGCCAGCAGGUUCCUGCCUGCCCCAUGUGUGGCAAGCAGUUCAAAACAGGGGCACUGCGUAGAUGCCACCUGAAAAAAUGUGCCCAGGACUUGGCAAUCUCACCCGAGAAGGCAGUAAAACUUAUAGCCGAACAGGAAAAAAAUUUUAAACCAUCUCUGCCAGCUCCGGCAACGUCUUCCUCGACAUCAGCUCGGUCUUUGCAUAACAAACAGAAUAAAUUACCUGAUGAACAAAUGCAAGUGGCCCUUGCCCUCUCGUCCUCCCUGUUUGAGGAGCAAAAAAAGCUCAACGAACAGCUGGCAGAGACCGUGAAAAAUAUUCACCAAGGUGUGAACCGAGACCUGAGGAAAUUGAAAAAAUCUCAGAAGAAGGCUUCUGCAUCAAUGCCCCUGCUGUUGACUAUCUCAAAGGAGGACCAGUUAGCCCGGAAUGCACAGAGGGUUGACUCCAUAAUCAGUGAACCUGCACACACAAUGCAUUUUCCCAAACAAUUUCCACACAGCUCUCUGUCCCUGAACUACGGCGAUGUGUACCAGUUGCAUGAAAAUACAAGCUGUUCCUCAUCCUUGCACUCCUUUUGGUCAAGGGCUUCCCUAAUGGACUCUUCUUUAACUCCAAAUUUAUUCUAUAUCCAGUCUUUAAUGCCUCCAAUUCAACUUGACAAGGUCACAGCAGGCAGUAGAUUAAAACCUCUCUCUGCAAUUCCUGGCCGGGGACUAGACAAGGAAGACAUACCUUCUGUUACAGACAAUCUGCCCGACUCUUCUGCUGUGCCGUCGACACAAACUGCUGUUCUUCUAGCAGAAUUGGCCCAGUCCAACGAGGAAGACCUCGAUGAUGAAGAAAGUUCUGGGAGUACAUUUGAACCAACUCAGGGAUUUUAUUUGUCUCAGAAAGCCAGUGACACCUCAGGGACACCUGAAAACAAGGCACUGGCUGUGCUCAGUGAGGAUCUUUGCAGUUUGGUAAAUAAACCUUAUCUUAGCGAUAUUGAAUUUAUAGCGGCUGACAACUCGCGUGUAUGUGCACACCAGUUGCUGCUCAGUGUUCGCUGCCCUCUGAUCUUGAGCCUGGCUGUACAAAGAGAGAAUCAUUUGGUUAUUGACAUGAAGGAUGUAUCCCAUAAUGCUCUACUUGCUUUUUUAAGGUACCUUUAUGCUGGACGAGUGGACUUUGAGAAAAAUGUAACUGCUGACCUUCUACAACUCUCAAGAAAGUUUAACCUUCCACAGUUGGCUGCAAUAUGCGAAAAGACGUUGCAGGCUUUAAUUGAUGAAGCCUGUUAUACGCCUUCUGUGGAGAGUGUAGCUGGUGAUAUACCUGAACCUUUGGAGAUAGGUGACGAUCAUCUACAAGGGAACGAAGAAGAUGGGAGUAUGACGGUUGACAACAAUUCGUUGUUGGAACCCAAUAAAGAGGACAUGGGAUUCGGAGAAUCCACUUCUGAAAAAUUGUGUCCUUUGCCCGGGGUGUCACCAUCGAAAAGCCCCCAAAGUACAGCUUUGCGUUCUUCACCUAAUUGCAGUUACCGGGAACUGCCUGCUGCCUUAGAUGAGCAAAUAUUCAUGACAAUCACGGGACCUUCUGAUGCAGAAUUUUCACCUGAAAAGCAGCAUAAUCAAAAACCGCCAAUUCCUGGCUAUGAUUUGCUGACCGAUUGUAGCACAUCUGUGAUAGAAAAAGCGGCUGAGUUUAUAGCGGAAAACAUUAGUGCCAAAAAUCUUGAUUGCAAAGACAGUUCUUUUAAUUCACACUUUCCCACAACCCCGGAAGUGGAUAACGAAAUUGCAAACAAGCAAUCCUUCAAUUCAAGUUUUAUUAAUGACUUCAUUUCUUCUUCAAGUCCAGUGAUGUCUCAGAUGGAAGAUUCUUUGCAUCUUGUGGUGGACGCACAAAAGAAUUCAAACAGUGCCAGUCACAGUACCAAAACUCCUGUGAUUGCCAACAGAAAGGGAAGAAAGAAAAAACCAGCAAUUCCUUCUCCUUUUACCCCUAUGCCUCUGUAUACGCAAAUGACAACACCUGAAUUGAAGGCGGAGAUGAAAAAACAUGGCUGUAAGCAGAUGCCCCAUGAGAAAAUGGUUGCUCACUUAAUGGACAUUUAUCAGAAAACUCACCAGUACGAAACCGACAGUGAUCUCGAUCAGAGUGCUAUACAUUUGGAAACACCGUCUGAAAUACCACAUAGCAGCUUGGGAAUUGCGAGGCUUCAAACAAGACGCAACACUCAGGAUUGUUUUCUUCGGGUGCACAAUGAAAAAAAAUCACCAGUCAUGUCCAAAAAGCCUGCUGCAAAAUUGUCCAAGAAAGCUAAGAGCUCUGCGCUGGGCAGUGGUGUUUCUGCUCAGAGAUCGAGCUCUGAGUCAGAUUCAGCAAAUGUGGUAGACUUGGAUAAGAGUGAUGCGGUUGGGGCAUACGAGGAGUCAUUUAUGACCAACGAAGACGACAUUCCAUGCAGCCAGCAACAAACGUCUGGCUCGUCUGACAACCUCCAUGACAAACUCAGGGAAUUUGUGCUAAAAAGCCCUGAGAUCUAUACGAAAAUGAUUCUCUAUGAGCCAAUAGAUUUCGACCACCUACUUGUCUCCCUUGUGUCAUUUGUAUGUGUUUUCCUGCUUGUUUCUUUUCUGCCAUUUGUCUUGUUGCUCUUCCUGUCUGUCUCAUCGCCUGUCGCCCUCGUGCUCUUCCUGUCUGUCUCAUCGCCUGUCGCCCUCGUGCUCUUCCUGUCUGUCUCAUCGCCUGUUCCCCCUCUUCCUGUCUCUCAUCCUGUCUGUCUCGUCUUCCUGUUCGUUCCCCUCGCCCUCGUGCUCUUCCUGUCUGUCUCAUCGCCUGUCGCCUCGUUCCCCUGUUCGUCUCAUCGCUGUCUGUCUCAUCCUGUUCGUCUCCCCUCGUCGCCCCUUGUCCCUGUCUGUCUCAUCGCCCGUCGCCUCGUGCUCUUCCUGUCUGUCUCACGCCUGUCGCCUAAAUUCCCUUCCUGUCUGUCUCUUCCUGUCGCCCUCCUUGCUCUUCCCUGUUCCCUCAUCGUACGCCUUCCUAUGUCUGUUCUCAUCGCCUGUCGCCCCGUGUUUUCCUGUUCUCUUCCUGUCUGUCUCCUUCGCCCUAUUUCCCCUGCUCUUCCUGUCUGUCUCCGCCUGUUCCCCCCUACGUACUCUUCCUGUCUGUCUCAUACGCCCUGUUCCCCCCUCGUGCUCUUCUGUCUGUCUCGCCAUAUCCCCCCUCGUGCUCUUCCAUCUGUCUCAUUGCCUAUUUCCCCCCUACUCUCUUCCUGUCUGUCUCUCCUUCUAUUCCCCCCUCAUUACUCUUCCUGUCUGUCUCCUUCCUUCCUGUUCCCCCUCAUUGCUCUUCCUGUCUGUCUCAUCGCCUGUUCCCCCCCUACAUACUCUUCCCUAGCUGUCUCAUCGCCUGUUCCCCCUCGUGCUCUUCCUGUCUGUCUCAUCGCCUGUUCCCCCUCGUGCUCUUCCUGUCUGUCUCAUCGCCUGUUCCCCCUCGUGCUCUUCCUGGCUGUCUCGCCAUACCUUUUCCCCUCGUGCUCUUCCUGGCUGUCACAUCGCCUGUUCCCCCUCGUGCCGUUCCUGUCUGUCACAUCGCAUGUCUCCCUCGUGCCGUUCCUGUCUGUCGCCCUACCUAUCUACCUUGUGCUGCGCCUGGCUGUUCCUCUUGUCUCCCUUCUUCAGGUCCUGUCAUCCCAAAUGUUUCUAUCUUUCGUCCAACCUGUCUCCCUCGUGUUGUUCAUGUCUUUCAUUUCGCCUGUCUCCCUCGUGCUGUUGCAGUGCCUGUCGCAUUGCCUGUCGCAUUGCCUGUCUCCCUCGCGCUGUUCCCGCCUGUCUCAUCGCCUGUCUCCCUCGCGCUGUUCCCGUCUGUCUCAUCGCCUGUCUCCCUCGCGCUGUUCCCGCCUGUCUCCCUUGCGCUGUUCCCGUCUGUCUCAUCGCCUGUCUCCCAUGUGCUGUCCCUGCCUGUCGCCUCCUCUGUUUAUAUCCAUCUUUCAAACCUGCUCAGUGUUCUUGAUUUAUCUCUGA